ACACCUGACGUAUGACUUUCGUAGAUAUAGGAGGCCGGUCUUUUUUUUCCGCCCAAGCUAGGGAAUGCGAUGUGUUGACCCUCCUACUGGACCGCUCUGUUUGGGUUGUCCCUCUUGCUGUCUAUGAUUCUCUUAAAGGAGCCGCUUGGCUUCCAGAACUGCGGGGUCCCGAGAUGUUACUUACGGUGAAGGCGCUCCAGGGCCGGGAAUGCAGCCUCCAGGUCUCCCCUGAUGAGCGCAUCUCCUCUCUCAAGCGUCUUGUCUCAGAAAAGCUGAAUGUUCCAGUCUCUCAACAGCGCUUGCUUUUCAAAGGCAAAGCUCUGGCAGAUGAACACCGUUUGUCUGAUUACUCUAUUGGGCCUGAGUCAAAGCUCAACCUUGUGAUCAAGCCUUUGGAGAAGGCAUCACCUGAGGAUCCUAGCAGCAGAGCUGGCCUCCCACUGAGUUCAACCAUCUGGCACACGCUGGCUCAAGUCCUGAGCAGGCAUUACAGCGUGUCUGAUACUGAGAAAGUACUGGAGCAGGUACAGAAGGAUUAUGAGCGAAGUCUUCGAUUGCUGAGCCUAGAUGACAUAGAGCGUUUAGCUACACGCUUGCUUCAUCCUGAAGUAGCUGAGGCUGUGGAAAUGGGUUUUUUGGAUUAGCUGCUGAACUGGAGAAUUGAGCCCUAUUCAUCACUUUGGACAGUAAACCCCUGGGCAGGGCCCAGUUUGGGGCCUAAUGCGAGUGAUUUCUCUGGACUGCUGUUAAAGGGUCAUGGAGCAUAUGUAACUUCUCCCCUAAAAGUGGUGAUAGGUGAGAUUAAUCGGUUCUGUCUAGUAUGUUCAACAGAAGUGGGGGAAUGGCAUUCUUUAGAUAAAUUGUUUGCCUUUUCUUGAGAGAUGCAGUUACCUUUGCAGUUGAGGAUGCCUUUGUUUAUAUAUUAUAAUUUCUUGUUUAACCCCAAAGCCUGGUUGCAUACUAAUAGACUCCUUUUUAUUGUUUUAUUCAAAGGCUUUUCCAACAAUAAAUUUCACUGAAGCUUACAGGCAGAAAAUCAAAUCUGAAUAAUAAAAAUUUGAAUUAUGGCUUUUGAAAACUUAGCAUUGAUACUCUCCAGAAUGACUACGUAAGCUUUGACAAUGUAAGAGCUCAUUCUGAGUCCCCUGUUUAAUUAGCAUUGUUAGAUAAGAAAACAUUUGUCGGAUAUUUUAGGUUAUUAAAUGUUUCAAGAAAAAAGACAAAUGAAUGUUAAUCAGGUGGCUAAGCAGUGUUUACUGGCAGAGUUCUGCAUGUAUCCUCUAUGUCUUAAUAUUUCUUAGGUAGAUCAAAUGAGCCCUUCUAGCAGUAUAUUCGGCUGCAAUCCAGAGCACACCUAAAUUUGCUGGUUCAUUGCCCUUCCCCAAAUUAAGUGUAAUCCAGAUGUGUGAGGGUUUUUUCAACUCCCAGAAUUCCCAAUCAACAUCUGGAGAGCGCCUAAUUUAGGAAGGCUGGGCUCAGGGAUUGUUAAAAUAAGGCAGCAAAUGUCCCCAGAAAAAGCAGAUCUCUACUGCCUUGGCUAAAAGCAAGCCCCCCUCUACCUAAGCCCUCCCUUUUCAGUAUUUUUUAUUGCAGAUCCUGAAAACGGGGUAGAGUUACAAGUUGAUCAUAAGCCACACAGAGAAGGAUUGUGUCUAUGACCCUUUAUUUUUAUGGCUGUAUCCGUAUUUCUGAGUUCUACAAGAACAGGAUUUGGUUAAGUAAUUCUUGACUCCAAUGAAAGAAGAAAAACAAAAACUCUCCUACCAAAUUUCUUAGUGUUGUUUUCUUAUCCUUACGGAGAUGGUUUAAACUUUAAAUGGAGCAAAAGACAAAAGUAUGGUAUAUCCAGCCUUCCAUGAAAAUGUGACUAUGAUUGCUCUGUAAAUCACUGAUGAAUCAACCUCACUGUUAGAAUUAUGACUGUAAUCUAUCCGUGACAUCCUUGAUUUUACACGGUCUCAAUGAAGUUCCUCCAAUGUUGCUUGUUUUUUAAGGUAGGGUCCCAAAUGCUGUAGCCUUUUUUAUAUAUAUCAUAUAUAUAAAGAAGGCAUCUGAUACCUCUGAUUAUUUUGAAUGCCCUCCUCUGUACUUGUACCUAUUAAAAUUUUUUUUUUCCAAACAUGGUUAUCAGAAUUGUCUGGAAUAUUAACAGAUGUGAAUGCUAGGGUAUUAAAAGUUUUGGCAGUUUUACU